UUUUUUAUUGAGAUGGAUGCUUCAGCAUUGUAUUACCUGAACAAGUCAAGCAAAAACAGAAGAAAAUAGAGAAUAAUGAGGAGAAGAAAAUGCAAGAACAAUAGUUAGCCAAUGAGCUGACAGCGCCCGUAAAUAGUUGCUGGGUAUAUCAUCAUCAUCAAGCAUGUUGCUAGUAUUGAGGACGCAGUCGUGUUAGCUGUAACUGAUGAAGCUGCUACUUCUUCAAGCAGUAGUUGGGCAUGCUCUUAUUCUUGCGGAGGACGACGAUGAAGAGCAUUUUUCUCCCGUCUUCUACUUUCAGUUGCAUGACGGGAGGCAGAGCAGUGCCAAAAAGUGUUGUCAUCUUCUUUUUUACAUUGCCUGCAGUGCCGUCUCCUCGGUUGUCUAAAGGCCGACUGGAAAGUCGUUAAAUGCAUACGAUAAAGAUAAGCCUUGAGUUUAUUUUGCUCCAAGUGCCGUAUCUUCGGCCAUCUGGGAGCCGACUGGAUAAGUCGUUAAAUGCAUACGCUAUAAGUUCCGUUUUCUUAUAUUGCCUGCAGUGCUGUCGCUUCGAUUGUCUGGAGGCCGACUGGAUAACUCGCUAAAUGCAUAUAUCUAGCAACGUAGUUUUUUAGGGGAUCCGCAUGAAAUGACGCCUAUAGGUGUCCUUAUAUAUGUGGUCCUGUAUAGCGCCGCGCUUACUUUUACACAGAUCCUAAAUGUCUCGUAAUAUAAGGGUCAUCCUCGUGCCUUACUAGUACAGAAAUGACCGCGGUCAUUUAUUCAUGAUGGGCGUCAGUCUUGGAAUAAAAGUAACGAUCGAAAUAAUACCAAACUUUUUCCGGUCGUCUUUUUUCGAUUAGCAACGAUCUCGACUUCUGACGGCAAAGCUCCUGAUCACGUGCUCGACUGCUAAGAAUAUGAUUGUCAAAAGUUGUGUCUUGCAAAAUGCUACGCUCUGGUAUUAUGUGGCGGUGAGAUCAAAAUAGGUCAGUUUGAUUGUUAUGGCAAUGGUAUGGCUCUAGAGUAGAUCCAGCCCUUUGUGGAUUUCUGCCGCAAAAGGUGUGUCAUUUCGCUGUCCCUGCUGUGGUAUAUGAGUAGAAAGCUUUUAAUAUUCUUGACAUUCUACGCCACGUUAGUCUUACUCUCGUCCCAAGUCACUUAUCCUCGUUUUAUACUAAAAGGGUUGAAGGAAAGACCUACCUACAUGAUGCUGGUCAUUCAUCCGCAUCCCCUCACCCAAAAACAGGAAUUAUAAGUGUGCUAGCUCUGCAGGCAGGAAAAGUAGUUGACA